CAAAACCCUAAAUCGCAAACCUCCUGCUGCAUCAGCCACAUUCGCCAGCAGCCGAAACUCUCCUGCGAAUUAGUGUUUUCUCUUUGGUGGCGUUUCGCAAUCGAGAAUAUGGCAGACGUGGAGGCUGAUGUAGCGGCUGCGGGGGUGCCGAAGAAGAGGACGUUCAAGAAGUUCAGCUUCAGAGGCGUCGAUUUGGAUGCGCUUCUCGACAUGUCCACCGACGACCUCGUCAAGCUCUUCCCUGCCAGAGCCCGCAGAAGGUUCCAAAGAGGUUUGAAGCGAAAGCCCAUGGCUUUGAUCAAGAAAUUGCGCAAAGCUAAAAGGGAGGCGCCCCCUGGUGAGAAGCCUGAGCCGGUGAGAACCCACCUUAGAAAUAUGAUCAUUGUACCUGAGAUGAUUGGCAGCGUAAUUGGAGUUUACAAUGGCAAGACCUUCAAUCAGGUUGAGAUCAAACCUGAAAUGAUUAGCCAUUAUCUUGCUGAAUUCUCAAUCAGUUACAAGCCCGUCAAGCACGGUAGGCCUGGUAUUGGUGCAACCCACUCCUCCAGGUUCAUUCCCCUUAAGUGAAGUUCUUGGAUGUACUUCUGUCAUUCUAGUCCUUGUCCCAUUGUAGAAUCAGAUAUUAAGGCCUUUGGAAUAUUGGUUUGGAUUUGUCCUCUUGCUUUUGUUGUGUUUUAGUUUAUGAACCUUUCCUGUGAACGGGAGUAGUUUCUUUUAACUGCUUCUGUAGGAUUUAUUAAGAAAAAAUGUUGUGCUUUCUGGAUAGGUUUAAUAAAACCUUUGAUGGUUAUCGUGUC